AGCUGUUUAUACACAUUAUUGUGUUUUUAGCCAAAAAUAUUUGCGUUUAUAAUGGAAACUUCCACAAAUAAAACAAAACACACAUUUAAGCGUCCAUUUACGUUUGCCAGAAACAACGUAUACCGGCCGCUGCGUCAAAUACAAAAUAUGGAACGCAAUAAAAAUUCAUCAAGUCAACAGGCAACCUACUUUACAUUGAAUGCGCCACCUUCACUAAUACCGCCUAAGAAGUACUCGGAUAUAAGCGGACUGCCCGCACUUUAUGUCGAUCCACAUACAAAGCUACGCUAUGCCAAUGUCGAGGAAUAUAACAGCAUGCAGCAUAUGCCCUCGGAUAUAAUAAUGGGUUACCUGGCAGCGCGAGGCUAUACCAGUGCCGUUGGAUAGCAGUAACUGGUUUUCUGUUUUAAUUUAAUUAUGACGAUUAGCUUGAUUGAAGUUUAAGGUUUAGUUAGUAACACAUUUAUUCAGCGACUGUUGACAUUAUUAUUGUUUGCUAUGCCCUUCUAAACGUAAGAUAGUAUAAA